UAUUUUUCCAUUUUACUUUUGACUCUUUUGAGAAUGCCCCUUGAGCAAGCAAAUUAAGUUCAAAAGCCGAACCCUCUGCUGCAGUGCGGGACACUCAUUUGGCAUUCGCAGAUCCAACGGGAGUAAUUUCACCAAAUUUUAUCAGAGAUGUUUCUCACAAGAACUGAGUAUGACCGAGGAGUCAACACCUUCUCUCCUGAAGGCCGUUUGUUUCAGGUUGAAUAUGCAAUUGAAGCCAUCAAGCUGGGAUCAACUGCAAUUGGGUUGAAGACUAAAGAGGGUGUUGUCCUUGCUGUUGAAAAGCGCAUAACUUCACCACUGCUGGAGCCAAGUAGUGUUGAGAAAAUUAUGGAAAUUGAUGAGCACAUAGGUUGUGCAAUGAGUGGAUUGAUUGCUGAUGCUCGAACACUUGUUGAGCAUGCACGAGUGGAAACUCAGAACCAUAGGUUCUCCUAUGGUGAGCCAAUGACUGUUGAGUCUACAACCCAAGCUCUUUGUGAUCUCGCCUUGCGUUUUGGUGAAGGUGAUGAAGAAUCCAUGUCUCGACCAUUUGGAGUAUCUCUUCUCAUUGCUGGUCAUGAUGAGAAUGGACCUAGCUUAUAUUACACCGAUCCAUCUGGCACAUUUUGGCAAUGCAACGGAAAAGCAAUUGGUUCAGGGUCGGAAGGUGCAGACAGUUCACUGCAAGAACAAUUCAACAAGGACCUAACUCUUCAGGAAGCUGAGACUAUCGCUUUAUCCAUUUUGAAGCAAGUUAUGGAAGAGAAGGUCACUCCCAACAACGUUGACAUUGCCAAGGUGGCUCCAACAUAUCAUCUUUACACCCCCACCGAGGUGGAAGCUGUGAUAAGUCGUCUAUGAUUUUCUUUUAGUGACUUCCUCUGUUCAACAUUUAUGUUUCCUAUACCUCUUGUCUGUACGUCUAAUUAUUUAGCAUUCUGAGGAAUAUUUCUUUGGUGGAUGAUGCUAUGCAGUGCUACACUUGUGAUCAAGUUGUCCACUGUAUCAGAUUAUAUUGUCAUAUUUGCUGCAUUCAGUGAUAUUGAGGACCAAAAAAUCCAUGACU